ACGUAAUUAGCAACAUCGAUGAAACGUCAAGCUUGUGACUGGUCAUCGGUGGACGAAUCGUGGAAUAGGCGCAUUUUCAGUAAUUGGUGAUUGGAGAUCUCCAAAUAUUACUCUGAUUAUUGGUUACCGUGUUUUAUUAACUUUGGCCGCGCUUACUAAUUUUCUUUUUCGUAAUUUGGAAAUAAAUUUUCAAGAAAAUCUCGGGCGCGUCUUGCGUUUCGCACGAAAUUGUUUAGAGGUCGUCGAAAUACAAGAUGUCGGUGUGCUUCUUCGUGCCAGCUGCGGAUCAGUCAGGCAACGUAGCCGAGGAGGUACUAGACCAAGAGGCAGUGGAGGAGGUAAAUCCAGCUGACACUGCACAGCAGACGCUACAGCAGUUCUGGCAUAAUGUUAUGGAGGAUAUCAAGAAGGUUACCUCUGAGGACUUCAAAACGCAAGCAUUGCCUCUCGCCCGUAUCAAAAAAAUUAUGAAACUGGACGAGGAGGUGAAGAUGAUAUCCGCUGAAGCUCCUAUUCUCUUCGCAAAGGCUGCCGAGAUCUUUAUACAUGAGUUAACGUUGCGGGCUUGGAGUCACACUGAGGAUAAUAAAAGGAGGACACUGCAGCGCAACGACAUAGCAAUGGCGAUAUCAAAGUCGGACCAAUUCGACUUCUUAAUUGAUAUAGUUCCGCGACACGAGGUGAAACCGACUAAACCGCGUGACGAUCCGCCACGACCUAUGCAGACUGUCGAGCAAUUGCCACAACAACAUCAAACAUUGCAGCAGGCACACCAGCAGUUCAUCAUACAGCCCACACAGAUAGUGCAGCAAUCAACAAACGCUCAAGCAGCGACCACGUCCAGCAACGUGGCCGUUUCCCAACAACCUGUCAUUGUACAGCAACUAGUUACUACCUCUAACGGGGAAGUGCAGCAGCAACUCCAGCUGACGCAAGCCCAACUGAACAUGAUCCGAUUGCAACUGCAGAACAACCAACAGGGCUCGCCUGUCGUCAUCCACACACAACAGCAGUCGCCGCAGAUAAUACAGGUAACAUCGCAAGCACAACACCAACCGCAACAACAAGUUUUUAUCGCUCAGGUCGCCAGCCAAGAAGAGUCGUAAUGACUAAGUUUAAGAAUUAAGUGCGCAUGUAAUUGAAAAGACUGAAUGGAACAAUGUCUACUGCUCUUAGAAUAGGACAUGAAGUAUAGGGCCGAAGUAUAGGACUCGCCCUUGUGCACACUAAUUUAUUGAUUGCAAAAAGUUAUGUGACUUAUACAUAUGUGCUACCUCUGCGUAUAGUACUUACUACUAUGAUAUCACUUGCGUAAGUGUUGGAGUUGUGUGAACAUUUACGGUACUGGUGACGUCAUGAGAUCUAACGUGUACAAGUUCAAACCUAUCUACAGCGCCUAUUUCAUCACAAAAUCCGAAAUAAUAGUCUUUUAUAGAAUCACAUUGCAAGAAUCACAUUGCAAGAACAACGUUGCAAAUGCUAUUUGAGACAAGCUUUCAACGUUUGGUGGUUUGGUUUGGUUACGUGAUUGAGAAAUGAGUGGCCAACGGGUAUACAUAUACAAUACCACUUCAGCUUAUUAAGGUUAAUUUUUCAGACUCCAUAAUAUUAUUUCGUAUUCAGUGAUAAUACAAUUUUAUAGGCCACAAAAUAUGUUAGAAUGUUUGGUUAGAGUGAUUAUUGUUCAUUUGUUAAAGCUAGAUUGGAUUUUUUGUAAUAUCGUCUGUAGGAGUCUUUUGUUUUGUCCAUUGG